UCGAAGGAAUCGGCUGUUUCAUGGGCCAGGGAGAAGGGACUUCGACGUACUACAAGAAAUUGUAGUACCCAUCGCCGGCCCAUGAAGCUUUACGCAGGCGGGGAACACGGUCUUGGCCGUUUCCGAUGCCCUGCUGGCCGCGGUAACUGCAAACAGUACGCGGCCACAGUCGAUUCCUUCUUUCAGGAUGUCCGUCUGCCGUUACAUAAGGCAAUAAAGCUUAUGUAUUGCUUUACUUCCGACUUCUCCUACGAGGUUACCGCAACGGAGGUAUCCGACGUAGGAGAAGAUGAGGAAGUAUUGUCAACGGACACGAUUGCAGAUUGGUUCCGCUACUGUCGGGAGAUGAUAGUGGACCACGUUUGCAAAAUGCAAGCAGGCAAGCCGAAAUUAGACGGGAUCGAUGAAGGAGGUUCUGCAAUCGUUGUACAGAUCGAUGAGGCCAAAUUUGGAAAAAGAAAAUACAACCAUGGCCGUAUCAUCGACGGCCACUGGGUACUUGGCAUAGUCGACACAUCGAGCAACGAUUGUAGAAUGGUUGUCGUUCAAGACCGGGAAGCGGCAACCUUGAUCCCCCUAAUUAAAGAAAACGUUGCUGCAGGCAGUGAGAUCCAUACAGACUCAUUUAGGAGUUACAUGGGUCUCGCUGCUGAAGGAUUCAUCCAUAAGAUGGUGAAUCAUAGCGUCGAAUUUGUUGCGCCUGAUGGAACUCAUACGCAACAAAUUGAAGCGAACUGGCGACCGGCAAAGGAUUGGAUGCGCGGAAGAGGCCGCUUCCACGACGAAGACUUUGCCGAUCGCCUGUGUGAGUAUUUGUGGAGAAAAUUCUGCAAAACUCACACAAUUCAUCUUAUGGAUUCCUUGAUCGCGGCAAUCAAGGAGCAGUACGUUUUCGAAUAAGGUAACUUGAACUUAGUCACUUAAACGAACCAAUCAGAUGAUGGGUAGAAACAAUAUGGCGUCACUCUAACCUCUGAAAUGUCACUAAAUACGUACAUUUUUAAACACUUGUAUUUCUUAAACUAUUGGUUUCCUGGACAUUUAACUUGUAUUUUCUAAAAUUUCAGGUUAAAAACAAAAACAAAAAAAAAGGACCCCUUAAUUUUUGGUCCCCCAAGACGAAGUUUUACCAAAUUCAUUAUUAUAUUUCAGAUAAAAAAAUUACUAAAAAAAAUUGUACAUGGCGGU